AAAAAAAAAAAAACAAACGUACUUUCGCGUUUCGGCUUUUUCAAACACAACUCCCACACACGCUCAGAGACACCUUCUCAACGCGUCUCUGCGAAAUAACGACGGAAAAUAAAUACGACUCGUAUUUGCUGCUCCGUCGCGCCAAGACUCCCUCUUCAGAGAAAGAGAGAGGGAGAGAGAGAGAGAGAGACAGAAGAUUGUGAUAGAGGGCAUAGUCGGAAGCAUCAGCGGCUGGCGGUUAGAAGAAUAGUAACGAAGAGUGUGCGACGAGGCGAGCUAGCGGACUAUCUCGACACUCGCGUCACCGUAGAGUACCGCAUACAGCGACAGACCGAUACAACACACACACACACACAUACGAACGGAGAAACGGCAGUCUCCCCGUCGAGACUCUCGUUUAGUUAGACGAGAGCACCGAGCACCGACGGGUCGGCAAACGCGACAGCGGCGCAGCUGAACCUCGAAAAAACUCCAGGAGAGUGAUAAAGGAGUGCGAGAGAAAGAGAGAAGGAGAGAAAGAGAGGGAGAAGCUAGUGAAGCAGCAGAGCAGUAAAAAAACAGUUCCGCAAUGGCUGACCAACUCACAGAAGAACAGAUCGCAGAGUUCAAGGAGGCGUUCUCGCUAUUCGACAAAGAUGGCGACGGCACCAUCACCACCAAAGAAUUGGGCACAGUCAUGCGUUCCCUUGGACAAAAUCCCACAGAGGCUGAGCUCCAAGAUAUGAUUAAUGAAGUAGAUGCCGAUGGAAACGGUACAAUCGACUUUCCUGAAUUCCUGACUAUGAUGGCGCGUAAAAUGAAGGACACCGAUAGCGAGGAGGAAAUCAGGGAGGCGUUCAGGGUGUUCGACAAGGACGGCAAUGGUUUCAUAUCUGCGGCAGAGCUCAGACACGUUAUGACAAACCUCGGGGAAAAGUUGACCGACGAAGAGGUCGAUGAGAUGAUUCGGGAGGCCGAUAUCGACGGCGACGGUCAGGUUAAUUAUGAAGAAUUCGUCACAAUGAUGACAUCAAAGUGAAUGCAACCUAUGCUCUGGGAAAACUCGCGACUCGGAGUGGUGUUGACGUAUUAAACCCAAAACAACAGCAUGACGAUUUGAAGAAAAGCUACAAAAACAACAACUUAAAGAGAAAGAGAAACGAAUCGAAUCAACAACAACAACAACAACAAAGUGAAAAAAACCUUGUACCAGGAUGUAAAGAAGUCUUAAACUCGAGAGGUCAAUGUCCCGUUUGACACGCAUUAAUCAUCGUUUAACGAUAAGUAAUAAGGGCAAUUAAUUAUUUAAUUAAAAAGAAAAACAGUGUAUACCACCACUACCUACUACUCUUCUUGAACAUGUGUAAUUCGCGCAUGCGUGCAUAUUUCCAAAUACCCACGCGACGUGAACACGUUGUUCGUUUGUAUUCUUUUUCUCUUUUUGUUUUCUUUCACCAUAUCCGCGAUGAGUGAUGAAGGAUUUUGAAGAAUGAAAGUAACGAGGGAAACGUUCUUUCUCUUGUUUAAUUACUUUUCGUCUUAAUCGAAAAUUCACCCCUACUAUUUCCUUGGUCACGUUGUUUUUCAUCAUUUUUGCUCACUGUUCAAUCAUCUUAUAUAUAUUUGUAGUCCCGCGCUAUCUCUCGUAACGCGUCUCUCUCUCUUGCUCUCGCUCUAGCUCUCCUCCUCCCCCCCCCCUCUCUUUUGUUCAUUCACUCUCGUUCCAGAAUUGUCGGUGCAAAUUAGCGAAUAAUUUUCACAAGAUAAGUAUUAACAUCGAACGGAACAGCUUUACGGAGUGUCGGGUGGGAGGGAGGGAGGGAUAGUUGCACAAAAGACGAGAGAAAGCGGGACGGAGAUUUUAAACAAAAUUGAUAAAUUUUAAAAAUAAAAUAUAAUUCUAAUGGAGAAGCAAGAGUUUAGGCUAAGAGAAAGAUAUUAUUCUCAUCUUUUUUCUUUCUUCUUCUUCUUCUUUUUUUUUUUUAUUACUCUUCUUUCGGAUACUCGGUGAACGAAGUUUGACUGCGACAUUUUCCACGAACCCGAAGGGAGAUCGAAUUCGAUCCAAUUGUGUGUUGUCUCGCAACUUUGUCACUAAAAUUAGCCCCGGGCGUUCGUCAAAUUUUGUUCCAAGGGUCCAACUGUACGUUUUGUUUUAUCCUCGUCAUGAGAAAUGAAAUAAAAAAAAAAUAUGUAUGUGUACUAAAUUAAAUUAGGAUCUUUACCUACGUAUUGUACAAUCAUCGUUGUUACGUGUAUCGGACCGCGAGACUCUCCAUUGUUUCCUAUUUUCGCGGCUAAGAGUAACGAAAGAUAAUGAAAAUCAUAAGAAUAUAACAAUAACGCGCCACGGAACGUGGAGAUAUCAUAUUGGACGACGAGAAAACACGAUCAUCGAUGUGCAAAGAUAAAAGAAAGCCUCAUCUCAAUGGUAUCGCCCAUGUUUUUCUUUUAUUUCGUGCAGGCAACCAUUAAGUGGGUUAUUCACGAUCUAUUCAAUGCGUCGGGACUUCCUAAAAACAAAAAACAUUUCCACAUCUCCCCUCGUCCCCCUCGAUGUUUCAUGAUAGUAAUAACUAAACGAUGAAAAAAGUGUCUAGCGAAUCGUAAUUUAAUUUAUAUAAGUAAUGCACAAGAAAAUCUGUAAAAAAAAGGUUAAAAAAAUUGUAGUAGAGUACCGUGAAGCCUUUGAAGAGACGAGAUUUCCAUUCUCUCGCUCUUUUCGUACGUGUCUUUACGUUUCUAUGGAUUUCGUCUACUUUUCACAAAGCGUCGCGCCUUUAUAUGUGACGAGGGAGAAGAAGAAUGCGGAUGAAUAUCAUGCCCUUAGUCAAGGUUGAAAAAAAGAGAAAAAAAAAGUAACCAAACAGAAACGAAAGAAGGAAACAAAAAGAAACAACAGCAACAUCGUGUAAACGAAAUCCUCGACAUUCCUAUCAAUGAGAAUAUGUAUCUUUCAAAUUCUUAAUUCAUCUUCGCGCGGCGUGAUGCUCUCCACAGAAAAAAAAAAACAAACAAAAAUAUCACAAGCAUACACGCACGUGCCGAGAGAGAGCCUCUGCCUCCUGGUCAUUAAUCUAAAACGAAAAAAAAGACAAAAAAAAAGUACUCUCCUCUUCGGAUCCUGCCUUCCAAGGAAAAAUUUUCAUUGUAUCUGCAAAGAGAAAUAAGAAAAACGAUAAAAAAAAGAAAAAAAAACGAAAAUCGAAGAAACUGCAAAAAAAAGAAAACGAACAAACGUCGACACCACUUUUCUUGAAUCACGAAUGACAGAAAUUUAAAAUAAACAAAAAAAAUUUGAGACGCAAACGAACGCGCGAUCGGUUUGCACUUCCCAGGGAGGGGGUGCUCCGUGCCAGUCAGACGCAAGAGGGAAGCUUUGUCGGACGUAAACUGGCGUGUGAUUCGUACGAUGUUACUUAAAAAAUAAAUAAAUAACAAAACAAAAAAAAUCGAAGAAAAAAAAACUUAAGAGCAAGUAAGCAAGUAAUACACCGAACGAUUAAUGAGAUAACGAGAGAAAGGGGAAGAAGAUAUAAAAAAAAAAAAAAAGGAGAGAACAUGAAGCACAGAAAAUAACAUCAGACGCGUCGGUGGUUCAGUCAUAAUAUAUAUGUAAUAUAUAUUAUAUAUAAUUAAAUUUAAAAAAACAAAAAAAAAAAAUACAAAAAAAAUUACAAAAAAACGAAAAAAAACAACAAAAGAAAGAAUUCCUCCACAGUCCUUUAUUAUUUAAUAUGAAAGAACGAAACGAGAAGUACUUGUAUUUCUGGUGACCUAGAUCGCAUUGAUCAUAAAAGACAAAAUAAAUGUAUCCUCAUUUUUAGGUCACAAAAAAUA